UCUAAGGAGCAUUGUUAGCACCACGCCAAGCUGACUGAGCAACUCGCUUCCUCUUUCUCGACAAAUUGGCCGAAACACCGGCAUUUUAACAUCUUUUCUACCAGAUUUAAGUUGGGAAGAAAGUAAAUUCUGUUUCAUACAUAAAGGCGUGGGUUAUAGCUUAACAUGUCAACUAUGAAUCCCGAAUAUGAUUACCUGUUCAAGCUUCUACUUAUUGGCGAUUCUGGCGUUGGAAAGUCGUGCUUGUUGCUUCGUUUUGCGGAUGAUACCUACACAGAGAGCUAUAUCAGCACAAUCGGCGUUGAUUUUAAAAUCCGAACCAUAGAGUUGGAUGGCAAGACAAUAAAACUACAAAUCUGGGACACAGCCGGCCAAGAAAGAUUUAGGACUAUAACAUCUAGUUAUUAUCGUGGUGCCCACGGUAUCAUCGUAGUCUACGAUGUCACAGAUCAGGAAUCAUUUAAUAAUGUCAAGCAGUGGUUACAAGAAAUUGACCGUUAUGCCUGUGAAAAUGUGAAUAAACUUCUUGUUGGGAACAAGUGUGAUCUUACAACAAAGAAAGUUGUUGACUUUACAACAGCCAAGGAAUAUGCUGAAUCUCUUGGUGUACCCUUCCUUGAAACAAGUGCAAAGAAUGCAACAAAUGUGGAACAAGCUUUCAUGACAAUGGCUGCAGAAAUUAAAAACCGCAUGGGUCCAUCUCCUUCUGCUCAAGGACCUGGUAGUAAUGUUAAAAUCAACUCCAGCUCACCAGUCAAACCCAGUAGUGGGGGCUGUUGUUAGUACUUCCAAAAUUAGAUCAUAAAAGACUAUUGAUUGCCAGAUUCUUUAUUUGUGGUUACCAAGACAUACUACUUAAUGUAAGUGAAUAACUGGCGAAGAAAGCAACCAGAACAACUCUCCUUAGAGUUCUCAUUUUGUUAAUGUUAACAAUUUAAAGCUUUAAAAAAUGUAGAAAGUCACAAAAUGAGAGCACUUAGGAGAUCCUACCCAAAUUAAGAUCGUAUCUUCUCAACAUGCAAUGUCGUUAACUGGCAGUGCAUGCAAGUAUAAAUAUAGCUCAAUCCCAUUCAUUUGCAUGCAUGUCACUUGAAAGAUACUGCCAUUCACUUAAAAGAUCUGUAUAAAAAUAGUAGUUUGAAUUUUUCUAAGAUGAAUAUGAGGAAUUAAAAUAGAUCUGACAAAAUAAGGUCAACAGAUGUGCUAUCUUGUGAUUGCUUUGCUGUUUAAACUCCCCAUCCCACAGUGGUCUUACUUUAAUAUAGUAUUGAACCAUUGUAUUUGCGACAAUAAAGUGCUGAUUAUUUAUCAUUUGGGGUUUGGUUAUUAAAUGAAUAGUCAGUAUACAAACCUUGUUUAUUAUUGAUUAAAGAGCAGUGUUUAAAAACUACUUAAGCCUUUCAAGCAGUAUACAUGCAACUGUCAGUGAACUACUUUGACGAUAUGGUGGCCAUCUUGGAAUGCAAGGCAUCAUGGGGCAUCCAGGGUGCAAAUUAAGCUUUGUAACAGUAAUGACAAUGAUAUUAACAGAUCACCACAGGAGAAUACCGCAAAAGUUGAAAUAAUAUGGCACAAUCACCUUUACCUAUAAAUGAAGACAAAAGCAAAACUAUAUAUUUUCGUUCAUCUUUGUUUUGUUUUGCCCCCCUGGCAAGAUGGCCACCAUAUCGUCAAAGUAGUCCUUUAUUAGUUUUGUUUGUUAAAAUAUUCAUUAAUGUGGCAGUGCUAGUUAUAGUCUGUAAAGAGCACAUUAUAUAGAUUUAUUAACUGAAAACAAUUUCUCUAAUACCCUUUAAAAGUUAAACCCUGGUAAUUAUCGUGGCCAAAACAUCAUAGUGGUAGAAAAAUGGCUCAAUAAGUUUUAGUAUACACUAUACUAUCUAAUCAUUAUAAAGUACUUUUUUAAAUUGUAUAAAGUUCAUAAUUAAUUUGUUAUAGAUUAAUUGCACAAAUCUGAAACCUCUUUAAUUGUUGUGUGUUAUCUGGAGUGUUAUCUGUUAAUUAAAAUGACAUGGGCUUUUGAGAUUGA